UCCUUGUUUUCCAAUUUUUUUUUUUUUUAAUUUCGCAGUUUCUCUCUCCUUCUUUAUCUGCUACAAGUCGUUUUAGAUGAUCCACCGAGCGUAGCUCCUUCAUCUUCUUCGUCUUUCUGCUUCUCGAAUGUCGUUUGAAGCUGCAGAGUUAAUUGGAGUCGUCGUUUCGUAGAUUUGGAGUCGAGCGUCUUUGAAUUUCCAGGGAUUUCAGUUUUCACGCUGCGAGUCGCUCUGAGUCGUCGUCCCAGUGAUUGCGUUAGGGUUUUUCAGACAAUAUGAAGACCUCGCUCGGCAUGUUUCGGAGAUUCGAACUGCACAAAAAUGAUGCCAAAGAAAAGAGAGACAUUCAACCUUUGGCUCAGGUCGAUGAGCUCGCUCAGGCUGCUCAGGACAUGCAUGAUAUGAGAACUUGCUAUGAUAGCUUACUCUCUGCAGCAGCCGCUACAGCAAACAGCGCAUAUGAAUUCUCGGAGUCACUGCGUGAAAUGGGUACUUGUCUGCUGGAAAAAACUGCAUUGCAUGAUGAUGAAGAGAGUGGUAGAGUAUUUCUGAUGCUGGGGAGGUUGCAGUAUGAACUUCAAAAACUUGUUGAUGGCUAUCGCUCUCAUAUAUUUUUGACAAUUACAAACCCAUCGGAGUCUCUUCUCAAUGAACUUCGGACAGUUGAGGAAAUGAAGCGACAAUGCGACGAAAAAAGAGAAGUGUAUGACUACAUGGUGGCGCAACAGAAAGAAAAAGGGAGGUCAAAACGUGGAAAAGGUGACAGUUUUACUUUGCAGCAAUUGCAAGUAGCUCAUGAUGAAUAUGAUGAGGAGGCUACAUUGUGUGUCUUCCGAUUGAAGUCUCUGAAGCAAGGACAGGCUCGAAGUCUUCUAACACAGGCAGCUCGUCACCAUGCUGCUCAGUUGAAUUUCUUUCGGAAAGGACUUAAAUCACUGGAGGCUGUUGAACCACACGUUAGAUUGGUUACUGAGGAGCAUCAUAUUGAAUACCAAUUCAGUGGACUUGAAGACGAUGGUGGGGAUGAUGGUGGGGAUGAUGUUGAGGAUAAUGGUGAAAAUAGCUAUGAUCCUACUGAAGAUGGAGAAUUGAGUUUUAACUAUAGGUCAAGCAAGCAGGGGAUUGAUGUCACCUCUGCAUCAAGGAAUUCAAUGGAGGUUGAUGAAGUGGGACCUUUGUCUCCUAAAGCUACAAGAUUGGAACAUGCAGAUAUGAAUGUAGAUAGGAACCAAUGGGAUAUGAGGGCCCCAAGUAGAGAACCAAGAAUCGGCAGCCACUCAGCCCCAAUUUUUCCGGGGAAGAAGUUUGAUCCUGCUGAGAAAGCUAGACAAUUGCAAGCAUCAACACCACGGAAGUCUAAUACGUAUGUACUGCCCACACCUAUUGAUCCAAAAGGUUUGAGUUCUUCAAGAACAAGCAGCGCGGUUCCAGAAACAAGGCCAGGUAGACGCAAUCCAAACUUAUGGCAUUCUUCCCCAUUGGAAGAGAAAGAUCCUGGUGAUGAUAAUCUGCCGAGACCUAAUUUCUCAAAAACUCCGCUGGUACAAAAAGAGAGCAAUGUCAAUAGUACCUCCACCCAACUACCUCCUCCACUGGAGGGACGCGCACUUCCACAGCUUGAUACGUUGAAUGCAUCUGAUAUAAAUAAGACUAAGAGAGACGCUUUCUCCGGCCCAAUACCUAGUAAAUCGUCAUCAUCAAAGCCUUUAUUAUAUGAUAGUGGUCCUAUUGCAUCAACCGAACCACCGCAACUAGUUCCCGGGAUGCUGUCUCGUUUACCAAAUCCCCAACCUUCAUCUCCAAAGGUAUCCCCAUGUCCGUCACCUCCCCUUGUUUCUUCACCCAAGAUAAGCGAGCUUCAUGAACUUCCUAGACCCCCCGGUAAUUCAUCAGCUGCCAAACCAACAAAGUCCUCAGGAUUUGUUGGUCACUCUGCUCCACUGGUCUUAAGAAAUCAAGAACAUAGCAUGCCUAAUAAAAACCCUUCAGUGGCAUCAAAUGCGGCAUCUCCACUUCCAGCUCCACCAUUGAUAGUUGCCCGAAGCUUCUCCAUACCUUCGGGCAGUCAAAGAGCAAUGGCAGUGCAUGUAGCAAGACAUUUGGAGUCUCCCCAAGUUCCAGGCAAGGCUGAAGAAGUUGCUUCACCUCCAUUAACGCCAAUUUCCCUAUCAAAACUCAAACCGGUAUCAAAUGUUUCUGAAGUGGCCUCCCACUCUAGUCCCAUCCGUGUGCGUGCAGGUGGGAGCUGAUAUCAUACAGAUUGGUGAAGCAGUGAAUUUCUCAGGUUUCCUCCGUGAGAUUGUUGCGGGUCUCAUUUAUUUCGUUUAGGUAUAGACAAGUCUGUAAAUAUGUUGUUGAAUGUAUUGUUUAGUUUCUCAUCUCAACCUUUUACUCACUCUUUGUCGUUGCUUAUGAUGAGAACUAAACUCUACCAAAGUCGUGCCUUUACGAUGCAUCAUAUAUAUUUCUUCAAAUGAAGAAUUUUGUUAAUCACCA